GUGAUUGGUUCUUUGAACGUCACGCGGCAGCCAAUAGAAUUCGUCGUUUUCAAACUCGAAAUCUGAAAGUGUAUAAAUACUCGAUGUUUUCUGGCGAGUACGUUAUUCGUUUACUUUGUUUAUCAUUCGUUCAGUCGUGUGUUUUUGUGCAUUCCACUUCACUUCGAAAUGGCUCGUACCAAGCAAACCGCUCGUAAAUCCACCGGAGGAAAAGCCCCGAGAAAACAAUUGGCCACCAAAGCUGCCCGUAAAAGCGCACCAGCCACCGGAGGCGUGAAGAAACCUCACAGAUACCGUCCCGGAACCGUAGCUUUGAGAGAAAUCCGUCGGUACCAGAAAUCGACCGAACUUUUGAUCCGUAAAUUACCUUUCCAACGGUUGGUUCGUGAAAUCGCUCAAGAUUUCAAAACUGAUUUACGUUUCCAAAGCUCUGCGGUGAUGGCUCUUCAAGAAGCCAGCGAAGCUUACUUGGUUGGUCUUUUUGAAGAUACCAACUUGUGCGCCAUCCACGCUAAGCGUGUGACUAUUAUGCCGAAAGAUAUCCAAUUGGCAAGAAGAAUCCGUGGUGAACGUGCUUAAUUCCGUUGAAAAUAUUCAAUAUCGUAUCAAAACGGCCCUUUUCAGGGCCACCAAUUUUGAUUUCUUCUCAAUAUUAUGGUUAUACGAUGUGGUCAGUGGUGAAUUGUGGUGUGAUUUGUGGUUCGAUUCGACUAAUAAAUAAAAUAAAGUCAAAAUUUCUCAAUAUUCAUGUCGAAUUGUGAAACUUAAUAACUAAUGAGAAUGAUAGUUGUAAACUCUGGCAAGUAUUUUAUUUUCUCUACCAUAAAAUACGUACUAUGAUAAUGAACUGAAACUGAAUCAUUUUUAGAAAAAUUCGGCUAGUGACUAAAAAACCAGUGUUUUUUACGUUUUAUUUCCUUUUUUUUUUUUUUUUUUUUUGAAAUCGUAUCAUAUUAAUAUAAUAUCUGAAUUUGGCAAUUUUUCUGGAUUGUAUAAUUUAUUAUAAAAAUCGUGAACAAUAAAAUACCUCGAAAAUCAAAUAUCAAUCAAUUUUUUUUCUUUUCGAUAUCGUAUUAUGAUUUGAGGAGUCUAGAAGCAAAAGUCAUUUUUGCCAUCAAAAAUUCAAAAUCGAUUUCGUUUUUUUUGCAGUUUCGAUACAAUUUUUCAUACUCCCAUAACCCUAUCGAUACUCACUUUUAUCGUACUAUUGGCAACAAUUGACUUAUGAUUUUUUCUUUGUACAACUUACGUACAUAUAAUACUUAUGCUUCUGACUAUAUGGAUAAAAAAUAAGUAUGACGAGGUGAAACCCAUAAUAAGGUUCUUAGAAGUUGAGUUUUCAAUGUUUUGAGUACAAUUUUGAAAAAAUGAACGACCCCUUUUAAAAUCACAUUAAUUUUGUUGAAAUUAAUUUUGCGAACUGAUUUUUUAAAAUAAUUCUUACCGUACUUUUUUACUUCAUUCACAAAGGUAAUAAUUAUAAUGAUUGAUUAUACCGUUGUUUUUUUUUGACCAAAAUGAACAAACAUAUUUGAUACCAUCAACCUCAAAUCAAUAAAUUGCAUUCAAACGUACUCGUAGGUAAAAACAAAUCGAAAUUUGAAAAUAGUUUACUUGCACGAAUGUGCUUGCGCUCUUCCUUGCUUUUCAAAAGCAUGUUUGAUACCGUCUUGUCUGUGGCUGCAUUGAUGAUAAUUAUACGGUUACGGAAAUAGCAAAAUAUAAUAACAUACCUUAAUUUGGAUUUAUUAUAAUACAUACUGAUAAUUUGUG